AUGAGUUGCCGAGUCACUUUUUAUGUGAUCGACUCCUCUAGCUGGUCCCUGAUUUGCUGGGUUAGCUGCUGCAAUUCUUCGGGAGGCAGUGAGGAAGAGUUGCGGGACGUCCGUGGAGCCAAUCCAAAGUAUUGCUUGAUGGUGAAACCGGCUCCAGCAACACGGACACGUCCAGGGGAUACAUCAGCAGAGUACUGUAGAAGAACCUGGAAAGUGGGAAAGGAACUACUAAAAGGAAUAUCAGAAAGCUUGGGAUUGGAAGCCAAUUACAUAGAGGAUACAAUGAACCUAGAUUCUGGUUGGCAAAUGAUAGCAGCAAAUAUGUAUCCACCUUGUCCACAACCUGAACUUGCAAUGGGAAUACCCCCACAUUCUGAUCAUGGCCUCUUGAACCUCCUCAUGCAGAACGGGGUUAGUGGCCUUCAAGUGCUCCACAAUGGCAAGUGGAUCAAUGUCAGUUCAACUGUAAACUGCUUGUUAGUCUUUGUGUCUGAUCACCUUGAGGUUGUGAGCAAUGGCAAGUACAAGAGUGUAUUACAUAGAGCAGUUGUGAGCAACAAAGCUACAAGAAUGUCCUUAGCUGUAGUAAUUGCACCAUCCUUAGACACUGUGGUGGAACCAGCUAAUGAGUUACUAGACAAUCAAAGGAAUCCAGCAGCGUAUGUUGGGAUGAAACAUACAGACUAUAUGCAACUUCAGAGAAGCAACCGGCUUAAUGGGAAGGCUGUGCUAGACAAAGUUAAAAUCUGAAUUUGAAUCAUAUAGUGUUGGCAAUAGGCUCAAAAGUUAGAGUUUGGGAUUUGGUUUUGUAAAGAAUGUU